UAAGUCUGUCCACGUCAUUAAUGUGCGCCUGGUGUUUACAGGCAGCCGUCAGAAAUUUUACACAUAAUAAUCAGCUGUUUUAACGCCAAACCUAUGAGUGUUAUGUUAGCUCCAAACUCGAGCAAACGAGGAGCAAAGGCAGGGCGAAUAAGAGAGCGAUUGUAGACAAAAUUGCAACUUCUGGACGCCGAUUUUGAUUUAUUUCGUGGAUGUUUUCGUUAUGCUGCUGUGAUUGAAAGAUGUGAACAAGAAAUGUAUCUGAAGUCAAAACUGAUAAGUUAAAAAUCACCGCCUGCUCUAGCAUGGCAGGGAAAGUCAGGAUCUUGUGAUGAAGAGUCAAACAUGGAAGAAGAAGAAGAUCUGGAGACACUUGGGGAGCAGCUGUACUCUCUGAUUUCCUCCAAACACAAAGAAGAUGCUGGAAAACUCACAGGCAUGUUACUGGAGCUGCCAGGUCCUGUGUUGACUCAGAUGUUGCAGGAUGAUGCCAUGCUGACCGCAGCUGUGGAGAAAGCCCUGAGAGCCCUGCAGGUGGCACAGGAACCCAGUCAGGUAUGUAAGGAUGAGGAUGAUGUGUCAGUGUCAUCUGACUCUCUGGGGGAGCAGCUAUUUGAGCUGGUGGAUGUUUACAACACAGGCCACUCACAGAAAAUCACAGGAAUGCUUCUCGAGCAGCACAAAGAUGCCAUCUUAAAGCUUCUUUCAGAUCCCAGUCUGCUAGAGGAACAAGUGCACCUUGCCAUGAAGACGCUGAAAGAGCAGAAUAUGGAGGAGACUGAUAUGAGCGACACCUCAGAGCUGGAUGACACCGAGAGUUUAGGAGAGAAGCUCUUCUCGCUGGUGGUGGAGAUGGAUCCACUCCAUGCAAAUGAUAUUACAGGUAUGCUGCUGGAAAUGGACCCAGCUACACUCCAGCAGCUGCUCAGUGACCACACAAUGCUCCAGAUUGCUGUUCAGAAAGCACAAGCAGCACUGGAUACCUUAAACUGAGCUUUUUUUUUUUUCUUUUUUUUCUUUUUUGCUCCAGCAAAAGCAAAGAAAUAAAUCAAUAUCUUUGAAGUAAUACGUCAUUCCAGGAGAUCUGGAGGGUAUACAAGUUGCCUAUUUUACAGUACGCCUUUAUUAUUUUACUUGGACUUUUCUGAGGACCAAUGACAAAGUUUUAGUGGACCAACCGAAAAUACACAAAGAACCUACAAAGCAUUUCCACUCAGCACAGAACCAACUUAUUGUUAGCCAUUUCUGACAUGGAUGCUGUGAUUGUCGUUCUCAGAUAAAUGGACUGAACAUGUUCCAGUGUGACAAAUAAUAAUCUAUCAAAGCUGUUGUGCUUGAUGAUAAGGUUUAGAAUAUGAUGAUAGUAUUUAUUUGUAAGUCUCUAAGCAUAAAUGCUAAUCUAAAUGUUGCUAUUUAUGUUUUUUUCUAACCUCAGUCUAGGUCUCAGUUGUGUAACUCGGUGAUUUUCACUUCCUGUUUUUACCUAUUUUAGAGGAAUGACUUCAUGGAUGGUGGUGUUGGUUGGUUACCUCCUUUUAUAGACGGAACUAUCUCAGACUAAUUAUUGAUUUGCCAUGAAGUUUUGACGUUCAUAUUUCUCAGAGGAUUAAUGUUAUUACAUGCCUUCUUCAGUUGUGCAUCACUGCCCCUGUUGCAUCUCUUGUUCAUGUUGAUUUGUGGGCCAAAGUGCAAUAACUAGCUCGAUUUUGCUUUAAGAACACGUCUAAAUUUCACCUCACUCUGUAUGUUUGCAGACCUCACCUCCUCUUCAUACCUCACACUAUAGAAAGCUCUAAUGUGUACAUGUAAUAUACAACUGCGCUCAUGCUCUCUUUAUUUACCCACUGCAUGUACACUGCUUAUAAAAAUAAAACCUGAUCAAGGCUU